AUGGUGAUUGCUGGAGAGACCGAUUACUCGCCAAUGCGCGCUGGCGCUGCGUCGGUUGCGUUCGAAAAGCCGUCGUCUGCCUCCGGAGCGGGGACCACGGCGACGGGGUCCCCGCCGCCGUCUGUUCUGAAGCCCGUGACAAUAGGCGCUGAAAAGACUCUUCCCCUCGUAUCCGCGGGUCCCCAUGACGUGGGCGAGGCUGGUCCGUCUGCCCCGGUUGUUGCUCCUCCUGCUCCACCUGUCGCUCCUGUUCCCCCUGCUCCCGUUGUUGCACCGGCGGCGCCUGCUCCUGCUGGGGGAGUUGCUGUUCCCCCUGUCCCUGUCCCUGGCGCCCCCGUUGCACCUGCCGUUUCUGUCCCCGGCGGGCUUGCGCCGGCGUCUGUUUCUUCCCCGAAGGCGGCGUCCGCCACCACUGUCGGCCCGGCUCCGAUGGUUGCGCCACCGGGCGUGGACCAGCCUGCUCCCGCUCCGCUGCCGGCGGCCCCUGCAGUGCAGCCGAGUCGUCCCCCGUCGCCGGACCGCCGACUAUCACGCCCCCAUUCUCCUGCACCCCAGCAGGAGCGCGAGUCGUCGCGGCGCCGGCGCAACUCUCCCCGGCGCUACCAGCAGCAGGCCCAGUGGCCUGCUCACCCUGGUGGCAAUGGGGGCUGGAGGGGCCCCCAUGGGCGUGGUGGUGGCGGGAGAUUCCGUCUGCCUGUGACAAUGGCGGAUCUCCAGCGGGAGGUGUCACGGGCCGUGCGCGAGGAGAGGGCGGCGCAGAGUCAGACCAGUUCGCUGCGGGCCGCGCCUGCGCCCGUGGCUCCUCGUCUGGCUGAGCCUCCUGUGGCCCCUCCGCCAGCUGCUGCAUUUCCUCCUCCUGUCCUCGCCCCAUCGGCUCCUUCUCCUUCUGUCUCGGCGCCUGCUCCCGGCUCUCGUCUGCAUUUGCCACCGGUUCCGCCUGUUGCGGGGGUGGAGUUUGUUGCUGCGGGGGGUGGCGCUGCGGCUCGGCAUUCCCACCACGUUGCUGCUGAUGAGCCGCUGCUGUUUCUGACGGAGGCGCUGCAGCCCCCGCAGACGCGUGUUCCAGAGGCGACACUAGGCCAGCUCCACCGUCUCGCGGAGAGCCUCCACGCGUUGCUGCUGAUUCAAGUUCUCGCUCAUUCGUCUCUCCCCGUGAUUCCUCCGGAGACUUUCCGCGGCCGCCAGCGUGACACGUGUAUGGACGCGACGGACCAGCUCGCUUCGUUGCUGGCGCCCGUGUUGGCUGCGCCCGCGGAGGGUGGCGCUGCUGCUGCGGGACAGCUUGACGAGGCUGUCCGGGGCCUGAGGCAGCAUUUACGCGCAGGAUCUGGAGCCGCGGCGAUCGGCGCAAGCACGCUUGUGGUCCGGGAGCUGUGGCGCUCCCUGACGGGCGUUCUUCACGCCCUUGGAGCUCACCGCAUCACUAUGUGUGGUUACUUGCCGUCCCCUCACGCGCGGCCGAAGGCCGCGCUUCGGCGGCCGACGCGAGCGAAAAAUUCCAGCCGCCAACUGAACAAUGAGGAGGAGAAGGCUAGGACGGGCCCUUAA